AUGCUCUCGCCAGUCCAGCUGCGUCAUCAACUGCGCGUCGCCGCGGCCGUAACCCAGCGUCUUCACCAGCGAUCACAGCGACUGGAGAAAGAAGUGGACGCAUGGAAGCACAAGUACGCGGGGCUCGAGGCCAAUACAGCUGCGGAAAUGAGAGAGGUCGGUAUAGACGAAGGGAAACUCACAGAGCGCCAGACGUUCUCGGCCUCAUUACCAGACGGUACCCAUCCUCAUCAAUCCAUGGUGGCUCCGUCAUCGUUGACAGCAGCAGUAGCUGCGACUGCUUCGGCUUUGGCAGCGACACAGUCCCUCGAGGUUACUGAGGCUCGCUCGCGUCAGUUAGAGACCGAGGUGAAGCGGCUGACGGCGCACAAACAGGAGCUGACAAAGAGACUGUACGUGGCGGAGCAGACCGUCGGGGCACUGAAGGAGAAACUUCGUAUUAUGGCCGCCAUCUCUCCCGCUACUUCCAGCGCCGCUUCGUCACCUCUAGGUGUGGCAAAGACCACCGCUGGCGAGAGCGCCUCUGACAAAUCGCGAUCCAAAGCACUGGAGAGCGGGGCAACAACAACACCUACACGGGCGCCACCGAGCCCGAGCGGCACCGCAACAAAGAGCGAGAUGGUGGACCCCUGCAGCGACGGUACUGUUGGUGUUGACGGGGCUGGUGGGGAGUCGUUCGCUCGCUUGCGCAGCACCGUGCGUGAGCUGCAGCGCCGUCUUGAUCUCUCGGAGGCCCGUGUCGAGCAGGCGGAGCAGAUUCACUUGGAUGCGCUGUUGCUCCACCGUGAGUCGACCCCAUCCGCGGUGGCCCUCGUGAACGCUGAAGUGCAGAAGCUCUUUCAGCUGAUGCAACAGCAGCUCUUGUUGAACGCAGUCCAGCAGCAGGCGGAGCGAGCCCGUAUGAGCGAGCUGCUUUACCAGUUGCAAUGCCAGCAGCGUGCACCGUAG